UUGACAUGUUUUCACUUAUAGUAUAUUUUUCAAAUGACUCAGGUAACCCACAUUUGAACUCUUUGCAGGACUAAAAUCAAUGAUUUGAAGACAGACAAGAGGGAAGUGAUCGGUGUUUUUGGCAGAACUGGGGCUGGAAAGAGCUCUUUGAUAAAUGUCAUCAUUGGAGAGGAGAAUCUGUUGCCUACUGCAGAUGAUGGUGCCUGUACCUCCGUCAUGAUUAAAGUGGAGUCAAACCCCAACAACUCAAAAUACGAAGCAGACAUCGAGUUCAUUACAAAAAAGGAGUGGGAAGAUGAGGUUUGGUUAAUGAAGCAGUUUCAUGACAAUAAUACAGAUCAGGAACAUGAAGAGGAUCAGGAGGACGAUGACGACGAUGAUGACAAAGAAGACGAUGACGAUGAAGACGACGAAGAUGAUGAAGAUGACGAUGAUGAUGAUGAUGAUGAUGAUGACAAGAUGUCAGCUGUGUAUGGAGAUGGAUGGAAAGACAAAAUCUCUGAAAACCUUAUGGACAAGAAAUAUUUCCAAGCAAUUCCAGAGUUUCUGGAAUCCAAAAAGAAAACUUUGACAUGUGACUCAGUAAGAUAAAGAGCUUUAUUACCUCUUAGAAAGAAUUAAUGUUAAUCUAAUGGAGUGACAUAUUAGAAAAGUGCAAUUAUUUAGGUUAGUAUCUUAAUCUCCUGUGGACUGGUUUAGUUAAAGACGUACAAUAACAGGAAGUUGAUAAAAGCACUUUUAUUUAGUAUUUUUUUCUGUAGAGUGGACUUGAUGUAUGUCUGCUCAGUGCUGCAGAUCCAUACCUGAUCUUUAAGAGUACUAUUGACUAACAACAAAAUGAGUUGAAAUUAUUCCCUCCAACAAUUACAUUUGUACAUAAACAAGGCUAACUGAGUGUUAGUUUGUCACAUCUUGUACAGGUCUGAAG